CAGGUAAGCCAGGGACUGCUUUCUAAAAACAGGUGUAAGACCGCUCAGAGUAUCUUCCGCACUUAAGAAGCAGGGUUUCCUUCGGAAUGUGCUUCGUUUGAGCACCAUGCGAUCUGCCAGCCUGAGUGUUAUAGCAAGCAGCUAGCUUGGUAAAGGAGACAGCCUCCACAUUGCCGUCCUUGUCGCAGCUCGCCCCUUACAAAGCACAGCUUUUCUUCGGUCAAUCGCCACAAUCAGGACAAUUGCCAUUUCAAAGCUGCAACUACAAACCUCUCAAGUUUCAGAUCACUGACGAUUCUCUAGAAAACUCAAUCCAGCUCAACACACAAUGGCUUCCGUUGCUAUGAUGUCCCGCACUGCGGCCGCUGCCGGCCUCGGUAGCGCCCAGCUCACCGCCUCCUCCCGUCAGCUCACCCGCCCUGUCGCGCUCCCUGCUCUCCCUAUCCGGGGGGGUGCUUUCCGCUGCAUGGCCAGCCCCCUGAAGGAUGCCGAGAAGAAUGUGGAUCAGACCAGGAGCAAGGUUGAGAGCUUCGUGGACAGCACCAAGGUUGACAUCAGCAAGGAGGGUGUUGAGCGCAGCCAGGAGCGCGACGCUGGGGAUGAGAAGCGGAGUGUCAUUGGAAGCAAGCCUGCCCCUGGAAACGAUCAGCUGCCCAGGCCUGAGGUCGAGAGGAGACCCGAGACUGGUGACAACAGCUUCGGAUCUGUCAUGGCCUUCGACGGUGUGGGCCCUGAGACCAUCAAUGGAAGAUUGGCUAUGCUUGGUGUGUUCAUCGCUCUUGGUGUGGAGCUGUCCACGGGCAUGACCAUCUGGGAUCAGGUGUUGGGCCCUGGGGCUGUUGAGCGUGUUGGCUGGUUCUUUGCCAUCACCCAGCUCAUCUUCACCGCCUCCCUGGUGCCUUUCUCCCGAAGGGAGUCUCCUGAUUCCCGCAGAGCUGGCCCUUUCACCGCCAAGGCUGAGAGGUGGAAUGGAAGGUUGGCCAUGCUUGGCUUUGCCGGCAUCAUUCUGACCGAGGUCGUCAAGCAGGGUCCUCUCCUCCCCCACAUCUGGUAGACAAUAUACACAUUUAGAUAGGAAUAACACUUCCAUUACAAAGUGUUGCAAUACACGGUGAAGGUUUGAUCUUGUAUACUUGGCACGCUGACCAGCUAGAAAAGUUGGUUGUUUUGGCACGCGUAGGGUAGAAUAAACAGCGUCUGUGCACAUAAACACUCUGCUAAAUGGUGUGAACAUCCUCAAAACAUACUUUUUCCCGUUCACCUUCCACUACUUCACCUAACCAG